CCUGUCUGCGGGAGCACAUUGUUCAACGAGGGCUCGGUUCACCCACAGAGCCCCAGGAUCGCUCCGGCACCGCAUUGUACCCAGUGAAACGAAGAAGAAGAAGAAGCAGAACCACAAGAAGCAGCAGCAGAAGAAGAAGAAGAAGAAGCACCAGAAGAAGAAGAAGCUGCGGGAGAUAACUGGAGACGACGGGGGGAAGCAACAAAAACACACACACAAAAAAAAACCAACACAAGAAAAUUGAGUUUCCUCCUGAAAGAUUUCCCCCGGUGGUGGACCGAGCAAACGUCGCUAAUUAGCCCCCCGCUUGUUCAGUGGUGCGUGUGGUGAGCAGCAGCGGAAAAGAUGACGGAGUAUAAGCUGGUGGUGGUGGGAGCAGGAGGCGUGGGCAAGAGUGCACUCACCAUCCAGCUCAUCCAGAACCACUUUGUGGAUGAAUAUGACCCCACCAUAGAGGACUCGUACCGGAAACAAGUUGUGAUUGACGGAGAGACCUGCCUGUUGGACAUCCUGGACACUGCAGGUCAGGAGGAGUACAGCGCCAUGAGGGACCAGUACAUGAGGACAGGGGAGGGUUUCCUCUGUGUCUUUGCCAUCAACAACACCAAAUCUUUUGAGGACAUUCACCAGUACAGAGAACAGAUUAAACGUGUAAAGGACUCAGACGACGUCCCCAUGGUGCUUGUCGGAAACAAAUGUGACCUCCCAGCACGCACGGUGGACACGAGGCAAGCCCAGGAACUCGCCCGCUCCUACGGCAUCCCUUACAUCGAGACCUCUGCCAAGACACGACAGGGAGUGGAGGACGCCUUCUACACACUGGUCAGAGAGAUCAGACAGCAUAAACUGAGGAAGCUGAACCCACCUGACGAGAGCGGUCAGGACUGUAUGAGCUGUCGCUGUGUGGUAUCGUGAUGCAGCUGACAGUUGGACGUUGAGAAUAAAUGCUACAGCGCGUAGUGGCAGCAUGGACUUAAAGGCAGGAAGAUAAAAACAACUCAAUGAUGAAAUAUAAACUUUUUCAAAAAGAGGACGAUUGAAGCAAAAACGCUCUCGAGGAAACCACCAGAGCUGACUGAACCAUAGACCCUGUUAUGGAAAGGAGGAUUUUUGGAUUGUUGCCUAUUAAGCGGCUGGCUGAACAAGCCUGGUCUGGUCCCUUUUUUGUUUCUUUUUGGUCCACUCGUCGACCUGUGAGCAACACCACUAAUGACUCUUUGUCAACUCCAGUGCGGCCUCGCUGGGUAGCUCCACACGUUUUCUGCUAACUUAUUGUUUUCAGUCUCAACACUGGUCUUAAAGGGGGUGUCACCAACCGCCCCCCUACAUUUGCCUAAACCCCCCCCAUUUGCCUGACCACUGGAAGGACCGACUGACUGAAAUGGAAAGGACUGGAAUGGACAAUUAGUUACCCUAACAGCUCUUACAUGCAUUUACAUCUCCACCUGACUCCGCCUGCCUCUGGUUUCCCCCGAUUGGCUUCGUCACACUGAUUACCAGGGGUGGAGGUUGACAUGGGAACGACUAUUAUUUGUCAUUGUUGUUUAACAGUUAGCCUAGCUGUAAAAAGUCUUUUUGAUUUUGUUUUUGAUAUGGAUCAUUUUUGUUGAUUGGAGGAUUUUGAAAGUCCCUGAGCACUAUGUGAGCGAGGGUGUUUGUUUCCAACGACGCCUAGUUUGACUUUUUUUUCCAUGACUUGCCUGACAUAGAAGUUCUUUUUCAGGGUAGAUAUCUCAAAUGGAAAAUAUAGAGAUAGAUGAAUUUCAAGAAUUCAGCUGCCUUCUCUCCUCGCAGAUGUUUCUUUGCUCAGAGUUGUCUUUGUGAAUUAAUAAUAAUAGUAACAGCUAGUGUACGUAGGUUCUGGUGCAAUAGGAUUCUUAACUGUCCAAUGAACACAAAGUAUUGGGAAUAAACCACCUCUCAUGACUACUUAUUUUCCUGUUUUACUUCGGCUGAGGGGGGGAGAGGUACAGUGCAUGAAAAUGUAGUUGUCAUCAUUGCAGUUGCAGGAGAGGCUACCUGUAGAUAUGGAUGAACGCAGAUUAUGGUGUUGGGUGACUUUAUUUCCAGCUUUCUUUCCAGCAACUGCAGAGCGUGUAUAACUUAUUUACUACAUGACAGUUAGUUUUUAGAUUUUCCAAGGAUCGCUCCUUGUGUGUAAACGGCUCAGGAUAAGGUGGGGGGGUCCGGUAAGGGUCUCCUCAGUCCUGGGACAGUCCUGGAAACCAGGGCUACGGAUGUCACCAGAAAGCUUUGCAGAGCGUUAUGCACAAGUCCUGCCUCACUUCAGUUUUUCCCUCACGCCACGCUUUCCUCAAAACUCCUCCUCUGUCACUGCAACCUCAGCUCUUCAAAGACACACACACAGGUCAGGUGCUAAUCAUGUCACAACCAUAUAUAUAUCCUUUAUAUGUGGGGCUGUUGUGCAUAGUAAGCGGUGGAUGUUGGGUUAUCUUAGCUUUGCUUCUUCUUUUUUUAACACUGACUAUCUCGUUGCUCUCCACAACUGCAUUAACUUGCUGCCUAAAUGAAAAAAAGAUUGCUCUGUGUUCACUUGGCCUUAUGUUAUCUAGUUUGUACCUCAUGUGUGCAGCAGGCUCUACCUGAGAUGAUUACCAUGUUCUGUUUGCUGCAUUGUUUUGUUCAUGUUUUAUUGUGUGCAACUGAAAAAAGAUAUAGAGGUGUGUUGAGUUUAGACAUGCACUGUACAGAAAUUGAAAGACAGGACAAGCCCAUAAAAACACUACACUGAUUAUUAUUAUUAUUUUUUAAAUAGGGGGGGGGGUGGGGGGUUGUUCUCUGUAAAAAGCAUGUGAAUGUGAUCCUGUUUAACACGACUGAAAAACAAAACAAAUUAAAGUGAAUUCUUUCAGACAACGUCCAGUACAAGCCAAGUUGUCUUGCUCUCAUGUCCAUGGAGUUUUAUUCCUGUUCCUUUGGAAUAUAUGAUGUUAAUUAACACAAAUUAUAACAGUUAAUACACAUUUUACUUUCACAGUUUUGAGAAUUGGUCAUGUGUAAUAAUGUUCCAAACACUGGAGGCAGAUUUUGGCAACAGCCUUUUAGAUGCAAAACCUUAAAAAUAUCCUGCGCCUUCUCCUCUUCCUCCUCCUCCUUCUUCAUGAAAGAUGUCAAAUGUUAUUUUGCCACUGCCUCAUUUGAACAGAACUUUUAUUUUGUAUUGAUUUUGUACAGGUAAAGUGAAUCUUUUUCCAUUCAUAACAUUGCUUAAAAAUAUGACCAGUCUAGUGGAUGUGUGGAUGAUAGUGGUCCAGUUGUUUUUUAUGGGUUCAUUUCUCUGCUUAGACGACAGAUAUGAACUGUGAAUGUGUUGGAGUCUUUAGAUAUUGUUUGCGAGAAGCCUUGUGUUUAAAAAAUUUACAAUACUGAAACAAUGCAGGAGUUUGUCCAUUUCUUUGGGGCUGUGUUGUUCCUAACUUUUAUUUUUCACCCGUUGUACUCAAAAACUUUUAAUGGAAGAAGAAGAAGAAGAACUCGUAACAUGUUAUUACAGUCCCAAUAGCGUGCUUGUCAUCUCCCCGUCGACCUCUAAACAAAACAUUCAUAAUAAUACCAUAGAAUUCCAAAAAGAUCUAUGCAUUCAAAAUUCCCAUCACAUUAGAAUAUCAGCGUCAUGUUUCCACGGUGAUACUCUAGCCAGCAAACCACAAGUAUAUGUGUCAGAAAACCUGGCGAGCAUGACAACGACUGUACGGACCAUUGGGAGUUUUGCACAAGGAAUACAGUGUGCUCAAGGGCUCGUUUCUCCCCCUUGCAAACUGUGGAAUGGAGGCGUGGAAGGAAUUUGUGAAAAUGUCAACUGUUUAGCUAUUUAAGAUGUAUUUACUCUUUAAAAAAAAUGUGGCAAAUGUAUUGCAGGACAGGAAUAAAGAUGUUAAAGAUGAAA